AUGGUACUUGAAGACCUGGACAGAGCCUGCGUUGCUCGCACCGACUGUCUCCAACAGGUCCUGCGCGUCUUGUGCUGUAAUGGCAUCUUCUGCUACGAAGUAUCGACUGGUUGCUUCGGCAAUAAUCAUACCUCGGCCUUGCUGUUGACAAAUCAUUGGACACAGUGGCGCAACAGGGUCAUGCUCUUCGGCAACCAGUUCUACGAUAUGGCACGUGGAAUCCCGGAUUCCCUGAUGGGAGGACUGUCUCGCUGGCCCGCUCAGAUCAAUUUUGAGACUGACGAGAACAUGUUCAUCUACUUCCAGAAACAGGGCUGGCUAUCGCAGCUACCCCGUACCCUUGGUGCUGGGGCUUCCGCUCAGGCGCCAGGAAUCUUGGUGGAUUAUCCGUGGGAGGAAGUUGCCUAUGAAACGGUAAUCGACAUCGGUGAUGGUGGUGGUGUGGUCAACUACAUAAAGCUGGCUUUCCAUUUUCCAGAGGGUCAAUUUGCCGACCUGGAACCACGUGUUCCGGAGGAAAAUAUCAUUGCAGGGGACUUCUUCUCAUACAUUCCCCCGUCCAAGGUUUCGCGGCUGUCCCGUUAUACGGAUAUGAACACGAUGGUCGAAGCCAACGGUUUAGAGCGGACGAUAACAGAUUAG